GUUCCUGGGGGUUAACUGCAUGGCCCUCCAUUGCCGAGAUCCAAAAACGCCUGCCAACAAAAAGGCCAUCUAAAAAGAAAUGGUGGCGUUUGGUUGCUCUGAUAUGGUUUUCCCUUGACUGCUGUCAUGUCUACCUCAACCAGCAAUGAACAUAUAUCUCGCAGUAACGAAAAGACUGUCAUGCUGUCGAAGCCCGUAUUGUGACAAGUCCUAUCAGUCGAUACAGAAAGCCGUUAACCAUAUUAUCGCAGUACAUCAUAUACGACUUGAACGCCGUGAGUCGGGUUCUCGCAGUAAUGCUGCAUACAAUCAAAGGAAUGUGCGGAAAUACGAAAAGCUUGGCUAUACGAUCUUAACUUACUAUGGCUGUGUGUCCUGCAAGGAGGUGUUCGCUGAGAAGGAAGAAUUACGUCGACAUUGCGAUGCCAACCAUGUCAUUACAACUCUGUAUGGAAAUGGGCUCAUUACCUCACCCAAGGAUGUAAUCAGGUCUGAUUAUCAUCAAUUCUAUUGCUGAAGCCUUCACGCACCAACUGUGACCCUCAUCAGUAUAUCGGCUGUGAUACAUGCGAGGGACUUAUCGAUCACUUGCUUGAUACAUAUGGCGGAUCAACAUACGAAUCUGACCCCGUGGUUCGGCUACACGUUGAAAAAGUUGUGAAGG